CACCAGCCACAGUGGCGCGGGAUGGCGCCGGCGCGGCCGUCUUCGAAGCUGCGCACCCGGGGAUUUGCGGCGCGCGAGGAAGGGGAGCCUCAGGGCGGAUUCAGGAAGCGAAGUGGGAAACGCAGGAGCUGGCGGCCCAGCCACCAGCAGGCCUUCCCGGGGAGCGUUCGCGAGGGACAAGGGUUCGCAUUUCGGAGGAAACUGAAGAUCCAGCAGAAUUACAAGAAAUUGCAAUGGAAGGUAAAGAAGGCACCAACGUCCCAGGAAGCCCAGUUCACUGAUCAUUACCCAGACCAUCUGAAACACCUCUAUUUGGCUGAAGAAGAAAGACUCAGGAAACAACGGAGAAAGGUUGGUCUGCCUCCCUCAGAAGAACAAGCUGACCAGCCUGUCUCUGAAGAAGAGUGUAACACUGAACAGACUUUGUCUGAAGAACAGCCUAGUGAUCACCAGCCUCAGCCAGAACAGCUGUGUACACUAAAUUCUGUCACUGUUCCAAAGAAAAAGAAAACUUCAAACCAAAAGGCACAAGAAGAGUAUGAACGGAUAAAAGCAAAGCGUGCUGCUAAGAAAUUUGAAUUUGAAAUGAGAAAGCGAGAACGAGAAGAGGCUCAGAGGCUCUACAAGAAGAAGAAGAUGGAAGCUUUCAAAGUCUUAAGCAAAAAGACUAGAAAGGGCCAGCCCAACCUGAAUCUGCAGAUGGAGUAUCUUCUCCAGAAGAUACAAGAAACCAGUGAGACUAGACAUUAAGUGUCGGUGGACUGCUGCAUUCGUCUGUGUGUGUUUGCAGCAUCCGUGAACUAAAUUUGCCAACGUCAAUGGAUUGGUGAAUUAUUUGUUGUUUUUGUAAUACAAAAAAAUUAUAUAUAUAUAUUUUCCAUAAAGAAUGACUUAUCCUGAAGAACUUUACAAACCUUCCAUGGAAGUUGUAUGAAAUAAACUGUUUGAAAUAGGAGGCCUGAGCUCACGGUGAGGCGUUUUGGUCAUGUGAACAUGUUCCAGUGCAGCCAGCAGCCACAGCAUAGGGCUAGGUUAUAGUCCUGCACUUGAUGUAUAGUGUUUAAAUUAAAUUCAUUUUAAUGAUAAA